AUGCGUUUAUCUCGAGCAGAACACAAUAAUAUUAGCUUGCUUUUUUUAAAAAAAUAUUUAUUUGGUUGGCUUAAUUUUUUUUGUUUAACUGCACAGUUCUUCCCAAUUUUUUGGCAAAUGACCUUGAUUUUGUUUAUUAAAUUAAUGUACAAAUAUAUUUUAUUUGUGCUCUCUCUAGCUGUUGGAGCUGGUAAUCUAGUUUUUGCACAUUACACUUCGGGCGUUAAUCAAUUCAUACCUCAAAUUGUUGACUCGAUCAAUGUUGAAGUUGUUCAGGAGAAAAACACUGGUUACUUAAAUUGUACGAUGGUUCUGGAUGAAUCUCAAAUAAAUCAAAAAAAGUUGUUAGGGCAAAACUUUACAAGUUUUAUUUCAGAUAUAGACAAUUAUGAUGUGAUUCUGUUACAAGCGAGCUGGUAUUAUGGGGAGAGACAAAUUAGCAUCGGCAGCAAACUUCUAGAGCCAGUACGCAUAGGUCUCUAUGGACUGGAAAAGUAUCAAGCAAGAUUUUUUCCUGGAAGACCUGAUUUUGCACCAAAUAUGCCAGCAUACAAUUUAAUAGACUUAAGCCAAACGUAUAAAAGUACGCCGAUUAAUAAUUGUGAUUUAUUUCUUCGAAAAUAUACCAUAUCAGCCAUUCCUUUAUGUUCAUUUAUAAAGAAGAAUUUUUCAUUAAAAAAUUUUUGGAAAAUUUUUGCAAAUACAUUUAUCUGUAUCUUGUGCAAACCUAAUGGCAAGACUCAUUAG